GAUGCGGACGCAGCUUCAGCUUUAGAAGCAGCUUAAGGACAAUUAAUCAGUUCGCGUCAAAGUAAAGCCGAGAGUUAUCGCGAUUGCUAUUGCUAGCUAGAUGAACGCUGAGAUUAACGGAUGAAUUAAUUAUAUAAAGUGUUCCCGGUAAAAUAUGUGUGCAUAUCAGAAACAAACAAACUGUGACUGCAAUUUAAAAAUGGAACCAGUUAAACGACAACUUUGCAUAUCCAAGAACAACAACAAUAUCAAAUGCUCGUAAACUAGCAAAACUGAAAUAAAUCACAAAAAACACUUCAAUUAAAAGUUUGGUGCAACAAUGAAAUUAGCAUGCUCCAACCAGUUGCCUCUGCAUAUUUGUGUUUCUCUGCUCAUCAUUGUUGUGCUUGUGGUCUUUGGCGAACCAACGAUAGCUGCCAGUGUUGAGAAUGCGGUAAUUGGAGAUAUUCGCGAAAAGUGGAUAAAUGACGACGAGCAACAGUCGGAGCAGAAGGAGAAGGAGAGGGAGAAGCAGCAGCAACAGGAGAACGGACAAAAGCAGGAUGAGCAGUUGCUGCUUCCACUUGAACAGUUUGAUAACUCCAUAGCCGCGAGGUAUCGCCAUCAUCAGCAGAAACAUCAACAUCACCAACAUCACCAACACCAACACCAGCAUCAGCAGCAACAACAGCAUCAACACCGCCAGCAUCUGUCUCAUCAUCGUGCUCGGAUUCACAGACAAAGUCAUUACAAGGCCUUGGAGUUGGAGCAGCGACAACAGCAGCUGGGCAAGCACUCACAUUGGCGUCAUUGGUCAACACCUCUCCCACUCCCACUGCCACCCUCGCCUGAUUAUGUCAACGAUGAGGCAGAACAACAACAGAGUACCGAAAACUUUGACUAUGGCAACUUCGAUUUGGAAAACUAUCAACGCUAUGCCAACAUCGAACUGCCAUCGGGCGCUUCGCCACGCUCCGGUCGACAUCGCGGACGUCAUGUGACGCCCCAUGGCAACAAUGUGAAUAACGUGAUGGUCCCGUUGAUCUCCGAGCUGAGUGGCAAGUAUCUACGCUCACUGCCCGACUCAGUAGACUUUCUGCAGGAUCGUCUCUAUCCAACGCAACCGCAACGACACUGGCCCGUCAAGCGAGAGGCGAUUGUCGAGGGCGAUGUUAUCCUGGGCGGCCUGAUGAUGGUCCAUUCCCGCGAAGACAGCAUCACGUGUGGUCCCAUUAUGCCACAGGGUGGCAUCCAAGCCCUCGAAGCCAUGCUCUACACUAUCGAUCGCAUCAAUGAGAUGGAUUUGCUGCCGAACAUUACGCUGGGCGCCCACAUCCUCGAUGACUGCGACAAGGACUCGUAUGGCCUGGAAAUGGCCGUUGAUUUCAUAAAAGGUUCUAUUAGUAACAUUGAUGAUGCGGAAUAUCAUUGCAAUAAAACGCAGGUGCGCAAAGUAAUAUCUGGCGUGGUUGGCGCUGCCUCCUCUGUGACAUCCAUACAGGUGGCCAAUUUGUUGAGAUUGUUUCGCAUCCCGCAGGUCUCGUACUUCUCGACCAGCCCAGAGCUGAGUAACAAGCAACGCUUUGAAUACUUCUCACGCACCAUUCCAUCCGACCACUAUCAAGUCAAGGCCAUGGUUGAGAUUGUCAAGAGCAUGGGCUGGACUUAUGUUUCGAUUAUCUACGAGGAGAGCAACUAUGGCAUCAAGGCAUUUGAGGAAUUGGAGGAGUUACUGGCACGCCAUAACAUUUGUAUUGCCAUUAAAGAGAAGCUCGUCAAGGAUUCGGGAGUGGCGGAGGAUAUUGCAUACGACAAUAUUGUGCAGAAGCUGUUGACGAAGCCGCGGGCUCGAGGAGCCAUCAUUUUUGGCUCUGAUCAGGAAGUGCGGCAAGUAAUGCGGGCAGUGAGACGAGCAAAUGCAACAGGCGCCUUCUCGUGGAUUGGAUCCGAUGGCUGGAGUGCACGGAAUCUCGUCUCCGACGACUAUGAACCGGAGGUGGAAGGCACCCUGUCCGUUCAGCCACAGGCAAAUCCAGUGCACGGUUUUGAGGAAUAUUUUCUCAACCUAACCGUGGAGAAUAACCAGCGCAAUCCGUGGUUUGUCGAGUUCUGGGAAGACCAUUUCCAAUGCCGCUAUCCGGGCAGCACGAGCACACCGUAUAACAACUACACACGCAACUGCACCACAAAGGAGCGACUGUCUCGCCAGAACACCGACUUUGAGGAUCAGCUGCAGUUCGUUAGCGAUGCGGUCAUGGCGUUUGCAUAUGCCUUGAGGGACAUGCAUCGCGAUUUGUGUGGCGGUCGUCCAUCGCUCUGCGAUGCCAUGAAGCCAACCAAGGGAGCCGAUUUACUCAAAUAUUUGCGCAAAGUCGAAUUUAAGGGCCUCAGCGGCGAUGAUUUUCGCUUCGAUGGAAACGGCGAUGGACCAGCUCGCUACAAUAUCAUACAUUUCAAGCAGUCCGUAGCCGGUCAAUACCGCUGGGUCAAGGUUGGCGAAUACUACGAAGGAGAGCUGCGCUUAAACAUGUCCGAGGUGAAGUUCAAGCUGUUGCAUCCAAAGCCACCGGAAUCCGUUUGCAGUUUGCCAUGCGAACGUGGCCAGGCGAAGAGAUAUGUCGAAGGCGAGAGCUGCUGUUGGCACUGUUUCAAUUGUACAACUUAUCAAAUCCGCCAUCCAGAUGACGAGACACAUUGCCUUGUCUGCCAGCUGGGAACGUUGCCCGAUGCUCACAAGAAAUACUGUCGCCCAAUACCGGAGGUAUAUCUUAGACCCGAAUCGGCUUGGGCUAUUGGAGCGAUGGCCUUCAGUGCAACAGGCAUAUUGAUAACGCUCUUCGUUGUGGGCGUCUUUGUGAGGCACAAUGAGACACCCAUUGUACGUGCCUCUGGCCGCGAGUUGAGUUACAUUCUGUUGGCUGGAAUCUUCAUGUGCUACGGCGUGACCUUUGCCCUCGUUCUUAAACCAACAAAUAUUGUAUGCGCCAUUCAGCGCUUUGGAGUGGGAUUUUGCUUCACGGUUGUCUACGCCGCAUUGUUGACCAAAACGAAUCGCAUUGCUCGGAUAUUCAAGGCGGGCAAACAGUCGGCAAAACGACCAUCAUUCAUUAGUCCAAAAUCGCAGUUGGUGAUUUGCACGUGCCUGGUCAGCGUACAGAUACUCAUUAAUGGCGUUUGGAUGGUGAUUGCUCCAUCGCAUGCGAUGCAUCAUUAUCCGACACGCGAGGAUAAUUUGCUCGUCUGCGACUCGUACAUCGAUGCCUCUUAUAUGAUUGCGUUCUUCUAUCCCAUUCUCCUUAUUGUGGUCUGCACUGUUUAUGCGGUUCUCACUCGCAAGAUUCCCGAGGCAUUUAAUGAGUCCAAGCAUAUUGGCUUCACCAUGUACACCACCUGCGUCAUUUGGCUGGCCUUUGUGCCAUUGUACUUUGGCACAGCCAAUCACGUGCCUCUGCGAAUUACGAGCAUGUCGGUGACCAUUAGCUUGUCCGCCAGCGUGACGAUUGCGUGUCUGUUCUCACCAAAGCUCUACAUAAUUCUUGUGCGGCCGGAGCGCAAUGUGCGCCAGAGCAUGAUGCCUCCCCGUUAUGGCAAUAUGCAUCGCACGGCCGGGACGGGGCCCUCCUCAAUGAUGGCCGCAGCGGUUGUAACGGCUGCCACGUGCGCCCAGGAAGAGAAAUUACAGAAACAUAUCACGCCCACGGAAACAGAGCAUUCGGUAAAGACGAAAAAGCUGUGCGAAAUGGCCACACAGACGAUUGCACUGUCGAGUAUUUUCACGUCCCUAGAUAACAAUGCCUACAAUCAAAUACCCUAUGCCGAUCAAUAUGUGCCAAAUAACACAACUACAGCCACACCUACAGCCUCUAAUGGCAAUGGCAAUGGCAACGGCAUCGAGAGCUGUAGUCAGGACGAGCAAGUGGUGUCCAACAACAACAAAAUCAAUCAGCAACAACACGGCCAGCAGCAGCAACAGCAGGCGAAUGUUGUUGUUGUCGUUGCAACAGCGAGCAAUCAUAUUGCCACUAGCAGCAGUCCAGCAACAGCAACAACAGCAGCAGCAGCACUGGCUACAACAACUGCAACUGUUAGCGCAUCAGUUGCGGAAGAUUCGUCGGCCACAACAAAUGGUGGCAGUAAGCGAGCUCCAGUGUUGCAGACUAAUUUAUAGCUAAACGCGCAGCAAUUGCAACAGCAGCUGCUGAAGGAGCAACAGCGUCAGCUACUGCAGCAGCAGCAGCAGCAGCAUCUUGAUGAUGCUGACGUGAAACCAGUUGCAACUGAAUCUGCCGCAGGCGGCGACGUUGCAAGCAAUGGCAGCGGCAGCAUCAGCGGAAGUGCAACAACGAUUGGUAAUUGCAGCAGCAGCAGCAAAAAGCGUUCUGCGAUUCCAGUUUAAAGAGGCUACAACCACAACAAAAAGAAGAACAGGUAUCUAUAGAUAGAACUUAACAAAAAAAAAAAAGAAAUACUUAAGUAAAUUCAAGCCAAACAAAUGUUCGUAAAACGACGAAGAAAAGGCGACGGCAUUACAAUAAAUUAAUUUUGGUUUCUGUUGAGCAGAAAUGAAAUGCAUUUGAAUAGCAUAAUUUCACAAUAACGCCACUUCGUCUGCCAAUUUUGGCAGUUAUUUAAAUUGUAAAAUAUUUACAAUAAACCCAACGAAUGAGUCGUAGCAAGAACAAAUUGUCAGCCAGAUAUAAUUGAAUCAUUUCGUUUUUGCGGAAACUGUUUUAAAUGUUUUAAAUCUAACGAUUAAGCUUAACUAGUUAUAGCUAGCAUGUGGUUUGGUUGCAAUCGCAACAAAGGUUACCAAAACAACAAAACAAAAACAACAACAAAAAUGUGAUAUAAUUUCAAAAAUGUGUGUUUUCUGAAACCAAAACCAAAAACAAAAUAAGAAAAAACUAAACUCGUACUAACUGUUAGUCUAAGUUGAAAAAGCAUUUAAAUUUAAGUCACAUUCACACUAUGAUCUUAUAUGUUACAAAAGGGUUGCACAACCACUGCAUAAUAACAACAACAACAAAAAGCCAAAACAAAACAAGCUGCAACCCUUUUGCAAUGUGGCAGAAAUGGCGGCGUCUUUUGACAAUUACAUUUACUUUGUUGUUUGAGCCCUGCAACUUGGUAGAUUUAAUUGUGUAAAGUGGAUCCAAAGGCGUCAGAGGCCGAUAGUAUAAUUAUAAGCACAGUAAGUUUGUAAAUACACACACACACACACCCACACACACAUACACUCUCCAAAUAGUUAAGUGUUUUCUUUGUGUAACGACAGAACAUAAUAUUACGUAUACGUACCGCGGUCUGGCAUACGAGCAAGCUUAUCGACGAGUAUGUCAGUUGAGAUUGUAAGUGAUAAAUAGCAAAACAAAAAAAAAAGAAAACUACUUAUUAUUAAAUUGAUAUAAAAAUUAUAUUUAAAUAUAAUAAAAUCUAGCCAAAUUAUAAGAGUUUAAUUGUUAGCGAAAUGCAUGUAUGUAAUAUUCCCCUUGUAUGUAUAUCAGUGUGUGUGUUUUUUAUGUAAAUAUUAUUACAAUUUGCAUAUGAGAAUACCAAGCAUAUUCAUACAACUGAGUGUCUCUACUAUCUAACUGCAGUAUACAAACAAAUAAAACAAAUAAUUCAAACACUAAUAUUAACAUAAAGAUCAAAUAAAAUUAUGCUAAAUGUUGUUAAGUGGCAUAUAUUUACGAGAACUUACAUUGAGCAAACUAUCAAUAAAAUAAAAACACUAAUUAA